UAAGACACCGUUUCCGUUGAUCACACGGCCAGAGGAUCUUCGAGCACUGGUGGAGAAAUGCAGACGACAAGCAUCAGGAAUGGAGGAGCCCGUGAACGAGGUUGCUGCUAACGAUACUGCAUCUCAGAUGGAGGGCAUGAAGGGCCUACAAGAGGGAACGAUCGCCCCGCCGACACCUGUUCCAGACACAGGUCUCAAUGUACGUCGCCCUGCUGAUUCCGACAAUGGUCCCACUAAUGCAUGUUUGAAUGCAACAAUGCCACAUGCUGGUCCGGAUGGAGGUCUGAAUGCAAAGCCCAGCCCAGGCUCCAAGGCCGUUUCCCGGACAGUCGCAGGUUCUAAGACGAGUCAGGCAGCUGCGUCUGGACCAGGAGGUCCCAAGGCAGGAGCAAAUCUGGAGAGAACGCAAGCUGGGCGCCCCGGAACGUCGGGGAAAUUGUCAUUUCCAGGUGGGAUGAGUAAAACGGGUGUCGGCAGCUCGAAGCAGGCUGCCCUUCAGGCCCUGGCUGCAAGAAUUCAUGCAGCAACAACUACUUCGAAAACGAGCAUGAAACUGUCUCAAGGGAGCCCUCCGCCAUCUCUGGCUAACCCUUGAAGUCUAUAGAGCUUUGUACAGGUUCUGCUGUGCAUCUGGAUCAAUCCUAGCUGGCAUGCAGCUUCACUGUUUCAGCUGUGGUGAGAUGGUGCUGUCAAAAAUGUUUCCAUGGUUGUUCGAAUCAUUGUUGCUGGACAAGUUCCUACAUCGUUCUGACUAUUGCUGCCUGCAAGAAAUCCUGCAGCAACAACACCGACAAAUAUGAAAUGAGACGACCACGUCUGAGCCCUCUUCCACCUCCUGGUAAGUCUUGAAGUCAGUAGAGAUUUGUACAGCCGUUGUGCGACUCCAACCCCCCCCAAUCUUGCAUGUAGCUUCACAAUGAGUGUGGUUGUUCUUAGGAUAUCCCCUACGGGUCGGUAGAAUGUGGCGCCUGAUUCGCCUGCACAUUGCAUCGCUUGCCUCCUGCCAAAAUCCUGCUGUUGUCUGUACGAUGCAGGUGAAGGAACGGUGGUCCCGGAUAACCCCUGAUGAGUUGUAUGAAUGCUGAAUGAGAAUUCCUUUUCGGUACGAUUUUCAGCUCCGCAACUUGCGCUGUAUUUUGGAUGAAUCAUCGCCGAUGUUGAAGUCGAUAUGCAUCACUGCGCGACUAUUCCGCUGGGUAGGGAAACUACGUAGGCGCACUUCUGCUGGACCUGCCUUCCCUUGCUAGUGCGCGGCAACCUUCGUUGCUUACCUGCGGCUUGCUGCUGUGUGGCGGCUUCCGCUGCUGCAAGGGUCGACGCGCGGCGAGUGAGGAGUACCGACGGUUGGUUGGCACUCGUGGAGCUGGAGUAGAGACUGCUAUCGUUCCGGGAGACGAGCUUGGGAUUGUGGGUGGUGGGUGCUGGGGAGGCACUGUCCUCGCCCGAGUAGAGCGCCUGGUCAUUCUAGCCGUAUUUGAGGCAACUUUCAGUCCAGGUGCGACCGUAAUGAGCGGGUGUUCUAUUCGGGUGAAGAAGGUAGUAGCGGGAGUAUUAUUUGGUAAUGGUGUGCAGCAGGCUUUGGAUUUCGAGUUCGAAUGGGCGAAGGUGCAUUGAGGAGCAGCAUUUUUUUCGGUCUUGCUUGCCGGUCGGCUGCGCUGUCGACUUCCUCAUGCAUGCCCAUUGCCCGGAGUAGUGGUCUCCAAUUGGCAGGUGUUUUAGUAGAUAGGCACAUUCCAGCUUCGCGGGGGUUAGGAGAGACCGUCUAGAAUAGCAAUUUCCUCUGGGUUCUUUUAGUUUUUUCCUGGUUUAUAUAACUUUAUAGGUUCUCGGGUUUCCGUUAGCGUAAAUUUUUGGAUGUUCAAGUUUGUCCAUUUGUCGCUAAUAGCUGGGGGUGUUGAAUUUUCUGAAAGCAAAAUCUGAAAUCAUGUGAAAUGUAAAUUUCCAAAAAAAAAAAAUGGAAGGUCAAAGGGCAUCUGGCAAACCAAAUUUUGGAAAUCCGUCUUCAUGUGGGCGUUUUGGAGUUUUGGUUCUAUUUUGGCGUCGGAUAUAUUUUUUUUUGCUCUGAGGGCUUUCCGGGUCUUUAGUUCCGUAAGUUGCUCCGGACUAUGAUUCGGAUUUGCUGCAAUUGUGCGCCGUUCAGAUUAGGUAGAAGUGAAUCAUCAGGUUGAAUCGGGUCAGUCAUUUUACUCGUGUUUUUUUUUUUUCCCUCCCAGAACCCUGAGUUGUGAAAAACACAUGGUGAUCGAAAGAAAUCAAGGUUAAUCAAGGUUAUCUAAACUG